GGGGGACCCUUUCCCGACGAUCCUCAGGGCGUAAUCCUCGGGUACGAAGUCAGGUACCAGAAAGUAGUUGAGGACGGGGAGGAGGGAGUUUGGGAAACAUUACCAGGGCACAUCCCCGCCUCCACCAGGAUGGUCAAGCUCGCCGACUUAGAGGAGGAGGUCAGCUAUGAGGUCAGCGUCGCUGCCGUGAACGGAGCCGGAGAAGGUGAAUGGACAUCUUCCACGGUUGACCUAGAAGCACCUGAGCCACAGGUGCCAGCUGUCCCUGUAUUCAGCUGGUCAUUCCAGAAGGAAGUUGAGGAGGACCACAAAGACAAAGACGGGGACGGCGAUGUGGACGAGGAGGACAUUCGAAAUCAGAACAUGAUCAUCGGCGAUACCGAUGCGGACGGUGAUGUAGACGAGGACGACGUCUUGGAUACAGAUAAUGAUGGAGAUAUUGACGAAAAAGAUAUACAAGUCGCUGAUAUCGAUAAUGAUGGGGACGUCGACGAAGAUGAUGUGAAAGCUGCAGACAGGGACGGCGAUGGAGAUGUCGAUAUUGCUGACAUUGGUGAUGAGGACGGAGACGGCGAUUUCGAUGGAGACGACGUUAUCGCUGCUGAUGAGGACGGAGACGGUGACAUCGACGCAGCAGAUGAGGACGAGGAAAAUGUCCUUUUGGAAGACAAAAAUGCAGAUGGGGGGGAACGUUUAAGACAUGUUGGCGAUCCAACAAAAGGAUGGCGAUGGCGAUAUUGA